UUGGACGGUUCCACUUGACACUGGCAAGACUUUUACAGUCACACAAAAUGUUCGUGAAGGUGACGUCGCUAAUAUUGUUCGACCACAUAGUGAAAUAAAAGUUACGACACCUUCGGAAGCGCCAGCAAGGAUGUUGCCUCAAGAACAUCCACAAUCAGCUCCACCAGAGCUUUCGGAGCAGGCAUCAAAUCAAAGUCCUGCAAAAUUAAUCGAAGAAAAGAUGAAGCAAAAUCAAAAUCCAUCAGCUAAGAUUGCAACUCAGGAAAAAUUGCAAUAUCAUCGUCCAGUUCCUGGUUCAACAUUACGAUGCUUAGACGAUCCCAACUUCCCUGAUAUUAAUUCACCGCCUAGCGUUGUAUCAGCACGUAAUAUUGUCAAUCCAGGAACAGUGGAAGUUGUUGACAAGGCUCGUGAUCGAUUUGAUCGCUUCUGGGGAAAUACAAACGAAGAGAAAGAGUAA